GUACAAAAAGAAUGUUUUAGUUGUUGUUGUGGAACAUAAAAAGAAAGUUCUUAGUUGUUUGUUGAAAAAUCAAAACCCCAAACUUCAAAAAUCUUCAAAAAUCUCUCUCUCUCGAUUGAAAGCUUCGACAACAAGCAUGGGUCAAGUUUUCCGGAAGCUUUUUGACACUUUCUUUGGCAGCUCUGAGAUGAGGGUUGUGAUGCUUGGUCUUGAUGCUGCCGGUAAAACAACUAUCCUCUACAAGCUUCACAUUGGAGAAGUUUUAUCUACUGUUCCCACAAUUGGUUUCAAUGUGGAGAAAGUUCAGUAUAAGAAUGUAGUUUUUACAGUUUGGGAUGUUGGAGGGCAAGAAAAAUUAAGGCCACUUUGGAGGCACUAUUUUAACAACACUGAUGGUCUUAUUUAUGUUGUUGAUAGCCUGGAUCGUGAGAGAAUAGGUCAAGCAAAGCAGGAAUUUCAGGCAAUCAUAAAUGAUCCUUUUAUGCUUAAUAGUGUCAUACUGGUGUUUGCAAAUAAACAAGACCUGAGAGGGGCAAUGACGGCAAUGGAAGUAUGUGAAGGACUAGGUCUGUUUCAGCUAAGGAAUAGAAAAUGGCACAUACAAGGUACUUGUGCCCUUAAGGGAGAUGGGCUUUAUGAGGGCUUGGACUGGUUGGCUUCAACUCUGAAGGAGAUUAAAGCUGCUGGAUACUCUUCAACCGGAACUUUAUCCUUCUGUACUCUGGCACUUGUCAUUGACGAACGAACGUGUAGAGUUUGGCCAGUUUCAUUAAAGAAUGCUGUAGAAUAUAGGAAAAUUUGUAGUAUAAACUCAGUCUCUCUCUUUCUCUCUCCCUCUCUCUCCCCAGCCAUAGCCAUGGGUCAAGCUUUUCGGAAGCUGUUUGACACCUUCUUUGGCAACCCUGAGAUACGGGUUGUAAUGCCUGGUCUUGACAAUGCUGGUAAAACAACUAUACUCUACAAGCUUCAACUUGGAAAAGUUUUAUCUACUAUUCCUACUGUUGGGUUCAAUGUGGAGAAAGUUCAGUAUAAAAAUGUUGAUUUUACAGUUUGGGAUGUUGGAGGGCAAGGACGACACAAAUUAAGGCCACUUUGGAAGCACUAUUUUAACAACACCGAUGGUCUGAUUUAUGUUGUUGAUAGCCUCGACCGUGAGAGAAUAGAUCAAGCAAAGCAAGAAUUUCAGGAAAUUAUAAAUGAGCCUUCUAUGCUUGAUAAUGUCAUAUUGGUGUUUGCAAACAAACAGGACCUGAGAGGGGCAAUGACGCCAAAGGAAGUAUGUGAAGGACUUGGUCUAUUUGAUCUAAGGAAUAGAAAAUGGCACAUACAAGGCACUUGUGCCCUUAAGGGUGAUGGCCUUUUUGAAGGAUUGGAUUGGUUGGCUUCAACUCUUAAGGAGAGAAAAGCUUCUAGAUAGGAUGAUACUCUUCUAAGGAAUCUCAUCCUUCUAAUUGAAAAUGUUGCCAUUCAAGAAUCAUAUAUAAUGUAGGAAUUUUUUUACUGUUAAAAUUUGUGUAAAUACAAGACCACAACAUGUUCAAUCAAGUUAAUUUAAAAUUUGUUGCUCUUAUAUUUAAGAGUUAUGUA